GUCGUUGGGUGUCCCCGACACGCGGGCAAAUGCAACCAUCGACCUUCCACAACAAAAACAUUCGAACCACAAACACUAACUCUUGGGUUCUCGAGUGAUCGAAUGCUACAAUUACGACAUGAAGUCACCGCAGAAUUGUUAUGUAAAAUAGGGAGCAUUGCAGCAGGUGGACGUUACGGCAAUUUUGUCGGUGGCUUCAGCAGCACGCAGAUGCCCUGCGUUGGUGUAUCCUUCGGUAUCGAUAGGAGUCUGACCAUGCUCAGCAUACGAGAACAAAGCUAUACGCAGAAAUCUCGGAACCUGCGUGUCGAUGUAUGGCUCAUUGCGUCUGGUGGUCGUACUGUGACCCUUGAACGGAUGACGAUAGCCUUCGAACUGCGACAAACAGGCAUCAGAUAUUGUUCGCUACAAAGAUUUGCGUACGAAGGCGGAGAAAGACAUAGGGCGGGAAGAUCUCGUCAUAGAGCUCAGAGAACUGUCGAGAUGAAGGCGUUCGCAGCUCGUUGAGACUUCCCAGACUUAGUUGAGCGUUUGUGGCGUCCAUGGACAUGGUAUGCCUGACGAACACCGGAGAGUGUACAACGGUACAUUACAUUAUCUCUCAAACAAAAGCAAACCCACGUUUCACAGCAUCUCAAUUGCCGUCCCGCUCCCCUGCCGACGAUCG